AUGCAGGCCGAAGAAAAAGUUGUAAUAAAGCCUCUUGGUGCUGGAAAUGAAGUGGGACGAUCUUGUAUUCACUUAAAAUACAAGAACAGGGAAAUACUUUUGGAUUGCGGAGUUCAUCCUGCGUACACUGGUGUAUCCUCGCUUCCUUUUUUAGAUCUUGUGGACCUCAGCAAAAUAGAUGCGAUUCUCGUCACCCAUUUUCACUUGGACCAUGCGGCAGCUCUUCCAUUUCUAACCGAGAAGACAGAAUUUAAAGGCAAGGUGUACAUGACUCAUCCCACAAAGGCUAUCCUCAAAUGGCUGCUCAACGACUAUAUAAGAGUCAUAAACAGCUCGUCCGAACAGGACUUCUAUACUGAACAAGAUCUGCAAAGUUGCUACGACAAAAUAAUACCAAUAGAUUACCACCAGCAGAUAAAUAUAGAAGGCAUUAAAGUUACAGCCCUGAAUGCUGGGCAUGUGUUGGGUGCAGCCAUGUUUUUGCUUGAAAUUGAAAAAUCAAAGAUUCUGUAUACUGGAGACUUUAGUAGGGAAGAAGAUAGGCAUCUCAAAGCAGCAGAAAGUCCAGGAUGUUGUUUAGACGCUUUGAUAACUGAAUCUACAUAUGGUGUGCAGUGCCACCUUCCAAGAUAUGAAAGAGAGGCCAGAUUUACCUCUAUUGUGUCCCAUGUUGUACUCCGCGGAGGCAGAUGUCUGUUACCUGUAUUCGCACUUGGCAGGGCACAAGAGCUUCUGUUAAUUCUGGAGGAGCAUUGGGAUGAGAAUCCCCAUCUCAAAGGCAUCCCAAUAUAUUACGCCUCGGCGCUUGCACAAAAAUGUAUGUCAGUGUAUCAGACCUAUAUCAAUAUGAUGAACGAAAGAAUUCAAAAGGCAAGUCUGGUCAAGAAUCCAUUUGACUUUAGAAACGUAGAGUCAAUCAAAGACAUUCAAUCUUUCAAAGAUACGGGCCCAUGUGUAAUGAUGGCAAGCCCCGGAAUGUUACAAAGCGGAUUUAGCAGGGAAUUAUUUGAGAAGUGGUGCAGUAAUGAAAAGAAUGGAGUGGUUAUUCCUGGAUACUGUGUGGAAGGCACACUUGCCAAAGAAAUUCUCAGCGAGCCCAAAGAGGUUGAGAGUAUGAAAGGCGGCCUACUCAAAUUGAAUAUGUCUGUGGAGUAUAUCUCAUUUUCAGCCCAUGUAGACUAUACCCAAAACAUUCAAUUUAUUGAUGAAUGCCAACCUAAAAAUUUAUUUUUUGUACACGGAGAAGCUAACGAGAUGAUGAGAUUGAAGAAUUCGGUUCAAAUGCGCAACGAAAAAAACUCUGUCAAGAUGAAUCUUUUUGCAUUACGAAAUGGAGAAGAGGGCAGCUUUGAAGUCAUACGGGAAAACGAAGGUAGGAUUUAUACCGACAAACAAGGCGAAUUUAAUGCGGUUAUUACUGCAUCCAAUCAUAGGAUUAAAGUAUUUGAUGAAGACGAUCUUGAUGAGUGUUGUUUUAAGAAGGUUGAGAUUACUCAAAAACAAAAAAUACCCUUUAAUAGUACAGAAGUGCUAGUCAAGCAAAUUUUAUUCAAAGAUUUUGAAGCGGAGGAUUUCGGCAAGCAUUUAAAGGUUGGCAAUAUUGCAAUAUCAAUUAAAGAGCAGGAGAUUACUAUGGAGUGGAGCAGUGGAUACUUGGAUGACGUGAUAGCUAUUUCUAUUCAUAAGGCAAUUAAAGACAUUGGGAGUAAUAUCAAGAGUGUAAGAUUGAGUAAAUUAGAUGAAUUUGAGACAUUAUAUGAAACUUUAAAAGGGCAUUAUGGAGAUGUUACAAGAGAAGAUGAUAAAAUAAACAUUAGAUGGAUGAGUGCAUGUGUAACAGUAUCAAAUGGGUCCAUUACUGGAAAUGAUGAAGAGAUGAUAAAGAAGGUGAAAGAGAUAGUUGAGAGAGUAAAGCAAAUCUUUUCGUAA